AAAUUCUUAUCAAUACCUUCUCUCAUUGUUUAGUUUUUUUAUAAAACAUCAUAACUCCAAAUGAAGCCAUAAAACAUCAUAACUCCAAACCAAUAACCAGUUUUAUUUAUAAUACAACAUUUAGACUUUGGUGGAUUGUUGGUGUAGUGUUUUUUACAGUAAUUAGGACUAAUAUAAAUUAAAGGCUCAUUUGGUAACGUUUUACUACCGGUUUAAAAAUCAAAACAACAAAAAUAGAACUUUACAUGUUUAAUUAAAAUCUCAAAACGACAAAGUUGCAUGACUUUGACUCUGCACUAGUUUAUAUGUACUUGAAUAUUAUUAUACUAAAUUGGAUUGUCUCUGCAACUUCAAUUUUGUGCAACUCUCCGUUCCCGGGACUCGGUCAUAUCUCAAGUUUUUUACGUGAAGGCUAUAUUAUUAAGAUUUCGACUCGGGUAUUUAUUUCGGUAUUAUUUUUGGUAGCUUACCCACACGCACAUAACAAAUGCAAUAUCGUAAAAGGUUCAUACAGACUGAUCAACGACUCAUCAUUAAUCAAACCAAUAUUUUCUCUCAGCUUGAAUCUUACCACAUGCACAUAUCAUAUGUGAAUGUUUUAUCAUAAAAUACUUAGGUAUAAUUAGAAGUGGAAACCGCACAAUAUAAGUUAUCUUUAAUUUUGUCAAAUUUUAUGUGAGAUUCUUGUACACUUCAACAUGUAUAGGGAUGGACUUCUUGUGGAAAUGGUGGCAUUUAUCUCAUGGUAUCAUCCUUCGGCAACACAAACACAACCACUGCCAUUUUUUCAGUCUCUGAUCUGAACCAGUGCAGUGUCAUAAUGGUGGAUACCGCCAUGACAGCGCACGAAGCCUCUUGUUCGUCCUCCUCCAAGUCAAAACUUUGGAGUUACGACGUGUUCUUGAGCUUUAGCGGCGAAGACACGCGCAAUGGCUUCACCAGCCACCUCCACGAGGCGUUAAAAUACAGAGGAUACCAUGUCUUUAUUGAUGAGGACGGUCUAAAAAGAGGGGAAGAAAUAAGAGGGGAACUGUUUCGGGCAAUCGAAGAGUCGAGGAUCUCUAUCAUUGUCUUCUCAAAGAUGUAUGCGGAUUCGAGUUGGUGUCUUGACGAGCUGGUGAAGAUCAUGGAGUGCAGAGACAAACUGGAGCGACAUGUUUUGCCAAUAUUCUAUCACGUUGAUCCUUCGCAUGUCAAGAAGCAGGACGGAGAUUUUGCCGAAGCAUUUCAUAAACACGAAAAGGACAUCCGUGAAGAAAAAGAUGACGAGAAACGUGAAGCUAAACAAACAAGGGUAGAGCAGUGGAAAGGGGCUCUCACAAAAGCUGCAGAUUUGUCUGGCCACCAUCUUAAAUCCAGUAAUAAUAGGAAGAGGCAGAGAGAUCUUCAUACUGAAGCUGCAAAUUUGUCUGACCACCAAACAACUGACAACGGGCGCGAAGCAAAGUUCAUUAAAAAAAUUGUUGACGACAAUAUUUGGGAAUGGCUCCCCAGAACAAACGAAUUAAAUGUGGCGAAGCACCCAAUUGGAAUCAAAUCUCGCAUUCAAGGUAUUAUCAGUGAUCUUUCAAGUGGUGGAUCAAAUGAUGUUCUCAUGGUUGGAAUUUGGGGGAUGGGUGGAUUGGGUAAAACAACAGCUGCCAAAGCCAUUUAUAACCAAAUUCAUCUUACGUUUGAAUUCAAAAGUUUCCUUGCCGACGUUAGCGAUGCUACAAGUAAACAUGGUCUGGUUUAUUUGCAAGAAAAACUUAUUUCUGACAUCUUAAAACAAAAGUCUGAAUUAAGCAGUGUUGAUGAAGGUAUCAGUUUGAUAAAACAACAUCUCCAACGUAGAAGGGUACUUGUCAUCAUCGACAAUAUAGAUGACCUGAAACAACUUGAUGCAAUAGCUGUAAGUCACAAUUGUUUUGGUCCAGGAAGUAGAAUUAUUAUAACGACACGAAAUGAACAUUUGCUAAAGCAAGUGGAAGUGGACAAGACAUAUCCGCUUCGAGAAAUGAAAAAGAGAGAAGCUUUGGAGCUCUUUAGUUGGCAUGCCUUUCGAAAAAGUUACCCUAAUGAAGAAUAUCUUGAAGUCUCAGAAAAGGUUGUUUCUUACUGUGGAGGUUUGCCACUAGCCCUUGAAGUUUUAGGUUCUUUUUUGUUUAGAAGACCUAUUGCAGAGUGGAAAAGUCAAUUGAAGAAAUUGGAAAGAACUCCUAAAGGAGAAAUAAUAAAACCACUAAGAAUAAGCUUUGAAGGGCUAGAUGAUACAGAGAAGGCUAUAUUCCUUGACAUAUCUUGUUUCUUUAUUGGAAAGGACAAAGACUACGUCGCAAAAGUAUUAGAUGGAUGUGGAUUUUUUGCAACAGGAGGAAUCGGUGUCCUCCGUGAACGAUGUCUUGUAACUAUUGAAGGCAACAAGUUGACUAUGCAUGAUUUGCUUCGAGAAAUGGCCAGAGUAAUCAUUUCUGAAAAAUCUCUUGAUUGCCCUGGAAAAUGGAGUAGGUUGUGGAAUCGUCAAGAGGUCACUGAUGUAUUGACAAAUAAAUCUGGAACUGGAGAAAUUGAAGGACUUGCUCUAUAUUUCCUUGAAGAAACUAAGAUUGCUAGUUUCAGUACAAAAGCAUUUGCCAAAAUGAAGAAACUGAGAUUGCUUGACCUCGGCAGAGUAGAGCUCAAAGGAGAAUGCAAACAUCUUCCUAAAGAGUUAAUAUGGUUGCGUUGGUUUGGAUGCCCUUUAAAGUCCAUACCAGAUGACUUUUUUAAUCAACCAAGACUAGUUGUUUUAGAGAUGCAGUGUAGCAAACUGGUACAAGUUUGGAAGGGUUCCAAGUCGCUACAUAACUUGAAAACCCUUGAUCUCAGCUGUUCCAAUUCCUUACAGAAAUCAUCGGACUUUUCACAAGUCCCAAAUCUUGAACAGUUGAUAUUGGAAUGGUGUACUAGUUUGUCCGAGAUUCACCCCUCCAUUGGUCAUCUUAAAAGACUUUCUUUGGUGAACCUUAAGUGGUGUUUCAAACUUAUUUCUCUUCCAAGGGAUUUCUAUAAAUUGAAAUCUGUUGAGACUCUUGCAAUUUCUGGUUGUCAAUUAAUCAGUGAACUGCAUGAGGAUAUAGGGGAGAUGAUAUCACUGAGAACACUUGAAGCAGAGCAAACAGGCAUAAGAGAAGUACCACCUUCCAUAGUAGGAUUGAAGAAUCUCACUCGUUUAUUAAAAACAUCUGCUCCUCCCCUGUCCCCUUCCUCCUCUUCCUCUCCCAUCAUAAUCUCUAUCAUCUUCUUUUUGGUAGCUAAACAUGCUCAUUUUAAUAUUCUCUGCAUCCACAUCAUGAGGACCCUUUUGUACCUCAAGUUACAGCACGAUAACAUCAGAAAUCUUGCAAUACAACAACAAUACCAAUUUUAUGAUCAGAAUAUGCUGACACACUGACAU